GCCCCGCGAGCAACGGGCGCAACAGCCUGAGCGGCCACGCCGACGGCGCCGUGCGCAGCGGCAUCUUCCUGCAGAGCAACUACAGCGAAGUGACGGCGCAGGCGGGCGCUACGGCCGCCCUCCACUGCCGCCUCUCCUCGCCCCUCGGCGACGGCAGGUGUCGUGGGUGCGGCGGCGGGACUACCACCUGCUGACGGUGGGGCGCCAGGUGUACUCGUCGGACGAGCGCAUGGGCGUGAAGGUGACGCCCGACGGAUGCGACUGGGUGCUCACCAUCCGCUGGGUCGAGACGCACGACGCCGGCCUCUACGAGUGCCAGGUCUCCUCGCACCCGCCGCAGGCGCUCAUGGUCAGCCUGCAGGUCGUCGUGGCGCACGCGGAGAUCCACGGCGGGCCCGAGCGCUACAUCCACAGCGGGUCGUCCCUCAUGCUGGUGUGCCUCUUGAAGGGCGCCACGGAGCCGCCCGUCUACGUCUUCUGGUACCGUGGCGACAGGAUGAUCAACUACGACAAAGAGCGUGGCGUCACGGUCGACAACACCCGGAAGGCGUCCAAGCUGUACGUGACGUCCGUGUCCCGCAGCGACGAAGGCAACUACACCUGCAUGCCUUCCAACGCCUCCCCCGCCUCCGUCUCCGUCACCGUCGUACAAAAGGAAAAUCCCGCUGGACUUCAACAAGAGACAAAUACGGAGAAGGAGAACAGCAGCAGCGGGGCGUCCGAGAGAACAGCCACACUGUCGCUGUUCCUUCUGCCGAUCUCCCUCCCCGCGUUGGUGCCGUGGUUCUUCCGGCGACUCUGGAGAUGAUGUGCAGGCGCGCAGGCGCACGCGAGGCGUGCUGUGUGACUCGUUGUUGCUCCUUCGUUCAACCGGUGACAAGUUUUGGGACUCUUGAGAGAAGGUCCUUUUAUUGGGUUAUUCUUGACUACAGGAAGAGGGUAAAAAUUUAGAGGUUUAUAUUUGUAAUUUAUGUGUAAACAAAUGUAUUUUCAUGUGAACACCUAUAAUGGAAGAAAUAUCAUUAGUUUUGUUGUUGAUGUUUACUCCUGUAUUAUCCCCAAACUCCAAUAAAACAAAGAAAGCAGUGGAUUCCCUACAGAGUAUCACAUCCGCCGAACCAAGUGGUUUAUGUCAGCCAAAAAAACAUGCAUAUACAUAUAUCUAAGUAAAAAAAAACAGUGUGUUCCUAAAUGUGUAAAUAUUAAAACUCCAUCAGGUGUCAUAGAUCAUUACGUGUAUACCUCUCUUCGUCGUUAUACUCUGUACAUAAUCUCUAUAACCUAACCGUAGGUGCUGUGUGUAGUAUACUGUAGCUGGACUAGAAGGCUCAACAAUAACUUCAUCAGUUUUACGAAGUGACGAGGUAAAAAUAAAAAUAUACCUGAAAGUAAUACCAAAACAAGUGUUCUGUUCAUGUGAGUUCUCGUGAACGCUGUGUUCGCCGCGAUUCGUGUUCAGCGAGUGUUCAGCGAGUGUUCAAAGGCCGAGCGAAGUGUUCAGCGAGUGUUCAAAGUUUCACUUGGUGUCGCCUGGACUUGUGAAUGCCAUGUCGUGUCAGCUGUUCAUAUCACCCCAUAUCAGUAUAAACUCCGUGUGUGUCAGAGGUCUGCGUGGAAGAGUGUAAAGAUUCAGAAAUUGUAUUUAUACUUUGAUGUGAUGUUUCAAAAAAAAUAUACGACAAAAAAAACUUUGAAAAAUUUGACGGAAGAUCUUUUUUCACUGGAGAGCUUGAAGUAUUUUGUUGUUGAGAUUUUCUGCAAUAAAGGUGAGAAUUGGC